AUGAACGUCACCAAGCUGCACAACGUCACACGUAAUGAGGCCCUGGAUGGCGGCCAGCCUGUUCACCUGCACGACCCUUUCGUGCUGCAUCCUGUGCGCCUCACAGUCCUCAUCCUCGUCCUGGCCCCGUGUGAAGAAACUGAUGCAUCAAAAGAUGGAGUAACUUACGCAAAGCUGCAUAAGAGCAGGACCCGUGGUCCCAUCGGCCCUGGCAAGUAUGGCUACGGUAAGGCCCCGUACAUCUUACCACUGCAGACGGACUCCGCACACUCGCCACAGAGGCUUCGGAGGCAGAGGCCCUCGUCUGGACAUUCCAGGUCCCAGGCGCCAUCCGGUCCUAACCACGGCUACAGCCCGCCGGCCCACCGGGCCCCCCAGCAUGGGCCUUUGUACCAGAGUGACAGUGGCCCUCGUUCUGGACUGCAGACCUCCGAAGCCUCCGUCUACCAGCUGCCUUUGACCCAUGACCAAGGCUUUCCUGCAGCUUCCAGUCUCUUCCACAGCCCAGAAACCAGCAGCAACCACGGCAUGGGGGCCCCCAGGGCAGCUCAGAGCUUCUUGCAGCCCGCCCAGUCUGCAGCCAUCUCCUGUAUCGGGGCCUAUCGGCAGUACAAGCUGUGCAACACCAAUGUGUGUCCAGAAAGCAGUCGAAGUAUCCGGGAGGUGCAGUGCGCAUCCUACAACAACAAGCCAUUCAUGGGCCGCUUCUAUGAAUGGGAACCUUUUGCAGAAGUAAAGGGCAACCGGAAGUGUGAGUUGAACUGCCAGGCAAUGGGCUACCGCUUCUACGUCCGGCAAGCUGAGAAGGUCAUUGAUGGUACUCCCUGUGACCAGAAUGGCACGGCCAUCUGCGUGUCUGGGCAGUGCAAGAUGCUGCGCCACUUCCGGUCCCCUGGGAGAAGCCGCCAUUCCCUCUUGCUUGGAUUAUGGCAGUGGUUUGGAAACGGACCUCCCUGCAUCGUGCUGGCAGCUCCCUGACCUGAUUUCUGUGCUGCAGCCAGGGUUCUUUCCAGAAGGCAACGCCCACCUCGGACUCCUCAAAUGAAACCCGCAGGGACUCCCUCCUCAUUGCCAUUAAGAUGAGAUCUCCCCGGUCCAGAUCUCUGAGGCCCUUUGUGACCUGGCCUCUGCUUAUCUUGCAGUCCUGCCCCCAUACCCCACCCGGCUCCAGGUCCACUACAGUAUGACCCUGGCCAUGAGCUGUCUAGCUUCUGGCCCUAAUUCCUCCAGUCCUCUGGGCUCAGCUAAAACGGCUCUCUUUACCUGGCCCUUAAUCCAGAGUCCCAAAUAACCCCCCAGGGAAUCUCCUAAAAUGCAAAUGGAAAGCCCUAAAAAAUGCCAAAACAUUUCCCAUGAUUUCCCGAGACUUCCAAGGCGUUUUUUGUGCUUCUGCCUCUUUAUUUCCACAUCCUCACGUGCUGCCUUGGUUUCUGUCCUCGUUAGUCGAGCCCCCAAAUCCAGUUUCCACAAAAAUCCAUGUAGCGUGCCUUUACUUUUCAGGAAGGGGUUAACUUUCCCGAAGAUUAGGAUGAUCAUGAGAGGUGACUUUAACAAGUGAUUGGCCAUAGGUUCCAUAGCCUUCACUGGCUCAAUGCUUAUCCCAUUCCCUUUCUCCUAUUCCCCAUUACAUUAAACUCUCAUAGAAAACAAAAAUAACUGCAGUGACUUAAAGGAGUCUGUUUCUAUCUCACAUUAGGAAGUCUAAGAGUGGCAGGGAAGUCUUGUUGUCUGCAGUAUGAGACUUUUUCAUCUUAUUCUUUCAUAGUUGGCUCCCAAGAUCAUCUCACCAAUCCAAAUGACCGCUGCAGUUCCAGCCAUCACACAUACAUUCCAGCCAGCAAUAAGGGCAUGCACUCUCCCUUUAAGAAUAUUUUUCAGAAGUUGCACAUACUACAUCUAUCUUCUCUUGGCCAGAACUUAGUCACAUGGCCACACCUAGUUACACAGUAGGCUGGGAAGUGUAGUCUUUAUUCCAGGUAUGCGUUGCCCAGCUAAAACCUGGGGAAUUCUAUUACUAUGGAAGAACGGGAGAAUAAAUAUUGGAGGACAUCCUGCAGACCCUGUUACAGCUAUAUUAAUAAACAUCCACCCCUUUUUCUUGCCCUGCCUACUUUGACAUAUGAUCAGCCUCCCUCCAUGGUUCAUAGUUGACCUAGGACCUUGUUUGUGUAUUUUUCCUAAACACCUAUAGCACACUUCCACAGAGGAAGUGCUAAAAAAGAUUUUCUCCAUCUUACAAACCAUGCCAGUUUCCUGUGUCCUGCAUUGCCCUGGCCCCAUGAGGUUGCCAUGGGUCUGUACAAGUGGGGUUCUUUGGAGUGCACACAUAGGCCCACUCUGCAACAUCCAUCACGGUUCCAGCUGACUGAGGACACAGUUUCGGAUUUACCAGUUUUCAGAAUGCAACAGCAGGUUCACAGGUCCACAGCCAGGGUGAAGAGUGAAAGAGCUAUGCAAGUUGUCCUUGGUAUGGCUCUUCCGUACGCCACAGGUACACACACAGACACACACACGCACACGCACAUGUAGCUGGUUUCAAACUGAGAAGCUACCCACCAGUUUCUUCUGCUAGCCCCCUUCAGGCGAAGCAAGGUGCAGGUGCUAUUUCUCUACUGAACAGCACCCAUAUGAAUACGUUUAGCUGCAUAUGUAUUCAACGCAUGCUCAACACAUCUGCUUCAAAUAUAUCUUUGGAAGACUGCCCUGUACGGGAAGGAAGGUAGUAAAUUCAUAACCUGGUUAUCUCCCUUCCCGUGAUCCGCACCACAUUGGUCUUGCUCAUGGCUGUGUCCUUCCUCAGUGUCUCACAU